AAAUACGCUCGUACUCACAUCCAAAUGUGAACUGUCUGCAAUAAACUCCACUAGGGGUGUUUAGGACAUUUUAGAACAACCAAUUUUCUUGACCAUGCAGAGCCAUAUCACAAAAGAAUGAACAAUUGGUGUGGAGGUCAGUGCUGCGCUUAUAGUCAUUAAUAUACCUUUAAUAUACCUUUAAUAUACCUUUCCUCUGAAAAGGAAAUUAGUUUAUGUAGUCUAUAGUUCCUCUAUAGGCCUAUACCACUAACUUGGGUAUGUAUCUGGCACAUGGCCCCAGCUCUGGUUCUGGUCCUGUCAGCUGCAGCUCUGUUGCCACAAUUUGUCCAGUUUGUUUGGCUUCAGAUUUCCUUCUGCUUAUCCCAUCCAGCUGGUCUUGAAACUCUCAGCUAUUGUGUUUAAUCUAAUUUCUCAUAGUUCCAAUGUGACUCACCGAAUAUAUCCCGGCAACAUAAACCAAGCAUUCUUACACUUAGGAUCAUGUGUGUGUGUGUUUGGUUGCACUAAAAAGUAUCAAACUGAGCCAAAAAAAAAAAGCCAACACUGAAACUCCCUUCAACCACUUCUGUCGUCUCCAAAAAAACUUGUGGCUCCUCCUGUUGCGUCGCCGCCGUGCGCACUGGAGAAAUUCCCUCAGUCAGUGCUUGCUUGAGAUCCACAGAGCACACUUGCACUUAGGAGUUAGAUCCCAACUUUUUUCGCGGAGGGUUUUACAUUAAAAUCUGCUCUAUUUUUUCCCCCUCUGUGCAGAUCCUUACAGUUUAUCCCACGUCAAAUUUGUUUUCUUCGCAUAAGUUUCCGUUUCGGUUUUCUUUUCGGUUUCUUGACUUUUAUCCAUGUGGAAAUGGAAUGUAAGGAGUUCCCUAGAGAGAGGCUAUCAAGGUUUUGAGGUAAGACCAUUUAUAUUUCAUUACAAAGAUUUGAGCUGAAGUUUAUUAAAAAUUUAAGAAGCACUUUGCCUGCGGCGCAUUGUGCGUAAUUUAUAGACUUCAUCCGCUCUUUGUGGUGAUGGAGGUAGAAAGUCACCCACGAAACUUGAGCCGAACUCGGGUCAGUGAUCCCUCAAAUUCUUCUUUUUAUUGCCUCUUCUUGAAAAGUACUUAAUCAUCAUUCCCAUCAUCAUCAUCGAAUAUUUGGUAACUUUGUUAUUGUAGUUAUUCCAGCUGCUGUGACUCCUCCUCCUCCUCCCGAUGAGGAUGGACCCCGCCGCCGUGUGCAUCCUGCAGACUCUGCUGAUGCUGAUGGCCUUGCCCACCGUUGCCUCAGUCCCCUGCCCACGACCCUGCGCCUGCCCCCAGCCCACUGAGCUCCACUGCACCUUCCGCUCCCUUAUCACCAUCCCAGCUGCUAUAUCUAAACACGUGCAACGCAUGAACCUGGGGUUUAAUAGCAUUAAUACGAUCACAGACAAAUCACUGGCUGGUUUGAGGAAGCUGGAGCUUCUGAUGGUUCAUGGGAAUGACAUCCACAGUCUACCUGAUGGAGCGUUCAGGGACCUUCAUUCACUACAGAUGCUGAAAAUUAGUUACAACAAGCUGAAGGAGAUCAACAGACACACCCUUCAGGGUCUGUGGGCCUUGACCAGGUUACACCUGGACCACAACCGACUGGAGUUCAUCCACCCAGAUGCCUUUCAGGGCCUCACCUCCUUGCGGCUGCUGCAGCUGGAAGGCAAUCGACUUCAGCAGCUGCACCCAGCCACCUUUACCACCUUCACUCUGAUGGGCUACUUCCAUGUCUCUACUCUGAGGCACCUUUACCUGUCGGACAACGGGCUGAUGUCGCUGCCGUCCAGGGUGGUGACCACCAUGCCUCAGCUGGAGAACCUGUACCUCCAUGGGAACCCCUGGACGUGCGACUGCAACAUGAGAUGGCUCCAUGACUGGGAUAAAACCUCUCCAGGUGUCUUAAAAUGUAAAAAGGACAGGGCACUUCCUGGUGGCCAGUUGUGUCCUAUGUGCUCCUCUCCCAGGCACCUCCAGAGGGAAGACCUUCAGGCUGUGGGGAACCUAGUCUGUAGCAGCCCCGUCAUCAACUCUUCUCACAGUACUUCCUCACCUGGUGAUGUCGAGAGUGAGGUCAUGACCACAGAGGACUUCAGUGAACCAUUUGGAAUCAUGUCUCUGGGCCUAUCAGAUGAACAUGGGAAUGAGGUGGAUCUAGAGUGUAGCAUUGGUGAGCCGAGAGAGCUUACUAAGAUCAACUGGGAGCAGGUCGACCACCUCCAACUGUCCUCCAACAUAACUUUAUCAGUGGAUGUGGAUUGUCCUGUCGAUAGAGAAAAGUAUGAGCGACUAUGGAGGCUAAUUGCAUAUUACAGCAAUGUGCCAGCCCAUUUACAAAGGGGGAUUAUGCUCACAAAGGAGCCUCAUCCAACCUAUGUGUAUAGACAGGAUUCUGAGAAGGAUGCCCUGUACUACACAGGUGUUAAAGUUAAUAUGAUGGCCCAGCCAGCAUGGCUGAUGCAAAGAUCUGCAGACCUUCAGUUGAACAGACUUCAGUCAUCAGCCAACAUAGUAAAAUUGAUCCUGAGCACAGACUUCUCGGAGACAGUGGAGUUGGAGCUGCUACGGAGACAGAAGAGGACAUGGGUCAUGAUUGAGUCAACAAACACAACUUGCAAAGUGUUGAGUGCUAUCGUGGGAAGUCAAAGUCAAAUGUACUGUAAUGUGCAUAGUUCUGGCCAGCCGGUCAUCCGCUGGAUGCAGCCAGACGGCUCCAAGGUGGAGGCACCAUACGUGAGCCCAGACAACAGAGUGUCUGUGUCCAGUGAAGGACGGCUGGUCAUUAAAGCUGUCAGCCACACAGACGCAGGAAUUUACUACUGCAUUGCCAAGGUUCAUGGAGACCUUGCUGUUCUGCCAUUCCAUCUGACAGUGCAGGACUCCUCCAGCCCUCAGCCAGGAGAAGAUACCUCAAUUACAACCAUCGAGGGAUUUGCAGGGGACCCUAUUUCCUUGCCUUGCAUGGCUUCUGGUUCCCCUGAUGCUGAAAUUAACUGGAUUCUACCAAACCGCAACAUAGUUAGUUUCCAAGCCAACUCCUCCAGAGUUUUGGUCUAUUCAAACGGAACUCUUCAUAUUCCUCAUACUCAUUUAUCAGAUAAUGGUCAUUAUAAAUGCAUCGCCAUAAAUCAACAUGGUGUGGAUACACUGGCUACAAAAAUCACUGUCAUCAGGCGCAAUGGGCUGAUAAAGCCUUUGAAGAAGUUUCCAGCAAAACCUCAGUCAGUUUCCGGGGUCAACACGCAAAUUAAAGUCCCCAUCGAGAAUUUGGAAGAGGCAUCAGGGGACAUUGAUGUUACUCAGGUGGGGGGUCCAUUAAACCGCUUGGAUCCCCAGAGGAAGAGAAUUCCAGGAGGUGUGGCCACAGGCAGGAGGGGCUAUCCAUCCAGGAAUAUGUGGAGGAGGCCACCUGUGCUUCGAAAACCAAUAGGAUCACGUGUUGAAGACAGGAAGAAUAUAGUUGAGAGCAGGAGAAGGAUUAAUAUGUCAAAGGGUAAAAUAGACCCGGAGAAAUGGGCUGAUAUUUUGUCUAAGAUUAGAGAUAGAAAGGCUCAAAAUGCUGUGACAACACCUCCGGUUCAGCGUACAACAGAGAGUAAAAUGGCACAGCAGACAACACAGUCACAAGAAACUAUUGAGGGAUCAUCAGAUGGUGUGACUAUGCAGGAAAAAGAGGGCCAGGAUUACUUCACAACACCACGUACUCUAGUACAACAUACAGAAAUAAAUCCUAAUAAACACAAUACACAAGGUCAAGGCACACAUGUGACUUCUAACAGCUACACGACACAUAAUGCACAUGACGUGACGUUAAACACUCAGCAAACACACAGCAUACAUGCUACUGAAGAGGCGCUCACAACACAGACUACAUACAGUGUACAACACGCAAACACUGAUAUGAACUCAGAUCGACACUCAACUUCAAACGGUGUAUUUUUCCUCCCACAGACAACAUCUGUUCCCCUACAUGCUGUCACUUCCUGGCAGGCUAGCACAAUCAUUGCAAGCAGCAGCAAUACCUUUUCACUACAAGAGAAACAUAGCACAAAUACAGAUGUUGAUGGAAGCAAAACAGCUGAUUCGUCAAAGGCAUCGGAAAGGAUUGGAGAUACGGGCAAGCUGAAUGUUGUUGCCAGUUCUAAUAAUGACAGAGAGCUCUCUUCAAGUGGAAGUCAUAAUAUCCCCACGCUCAAUCCAAAUGAAGCAGAAACAAGCGAGGGAAAUGGAAAAUAUCUUAGUGAGACUGCAACAUCACAGCUGGAUACUCAGCCUGUCAAGGACAGAACAUCUGAUGAUUUGCAAUCUCAAGUAAAACUCACAUUGGCAUUUCCAACAACUACUCUUAUACCCAUCACUUCGAGAAUGAGGGGGUCUGAAGAACAAUCUCCCCCUCGCCAACGACAGCCUAACUCAAGGAGAAAGAAUGGAGGUCGUCGGAGAAGGCCAAACAGAAGAAAACAAAAAGGGAAUAAACCCAUCCGGUUUACUGCCACCACACCUGUAAAUGUUCUCCUAGCAACAGUUAGGACCACUGCCUCCUCGCAACUAAAAAUAGAAUCAUUACAAGUUACACCAGCCAAUUCCAAUACCACUGUUCCAUUCAGCAGCAGCCAAGUAGCGUCAUCAGGCAGACUGAGUCAUCAAGAAAGCACAGUCUCGGGGUAUGAAGCAGAGACCACACUCUCCUCACUACCAGUUUCUCCUCCCGAAACAAACGAUAGCAUUCUACCCUUGGCCAAACCACCAUUCAAAAGUACAUCAGCGGCACCGUCAUUUCCAACAGCCUCUCCAGGAAUGGAUCACGGAAAGACGACUUCUCAAACAGCCUUGGGAAUCUCAGAGGGAGAGUCUCCUGCAGAAUGGAUGGAUAUGUUUACAUCACCCACUCUGCAGAGAUUUACAGAUAGCCUUCUUCCGCCUGUUAAACCCUUAGAGGAGAAACAAAGGCUAAGCGUUAUGGGAGACUCUGGACGUGUGGCUCAUUCUGGUAAUUCCUUUGGAGGUUUUCACACUCUAAUGCAAGAGCAAACGGAUAUCGGGCUGAAUCGAUCAGGCUAUCAGUACACAUCCACCGAAAAGGGCGAAACAAUGUUUUUCAAAGAGACUGGCAUGCAUUUUCCAUUGCUGCCAUCUCCAUCUGCCUCAGCUUCUUCCUUGACUGAACAUGAAAUCAAGCCAACCUCUGGAUACACUUCAAGAGAUUUAAUUACACAGAGCAUGGUUUAUGAGGGUGAUUUAAACACCGAACAAGUUACCACAAAGAAACCCACAGUCCCUGAAAUAUUUUAUCAUAGUAAAAAUGAAACCACAAGCAGUGAGACACUACAAGAUAAGCAUCUUCAAGAAACUGUAAACAUAGGAAUAGAUCUUGAUGAUUCUAUCACGAGAUCUGAAAUAACUACUGAAAUGACAAUCCAUUCCACGGCUGCUUCAUCAAGACCAGGUGCUUUGAUCCCAUCCAGAAUGGUGCCGUAUGUGACGAUACCUACAAUGUCCUCCACAGGAGCCAAAAUGGGCCCUUCGCUUAGGGCCACCACAUCACCAGAAGAUCAAAACCAAGACCAACUAAUUCAACCCAGUACCACAUCAGAGCCUCAGAGAACAUUAGACUUCGAUCCUGCAACCCAGUCAACUCACCACAAACUGCCUCAAUUUGUUACAAUAAAUCCAACUUCCCCAGCUCUAAAAUUGACCAGCGGGCAGAUAAUCAAGCAGACGACCACCCCUGCCUCAACAACUGCUGCAAUCCAAACCACUCCAUUCGAAGAGGGACUGCGAACAAGCACUGACAAUGUGCCCAGAAAGCACCAGCUACCUGGACAAGGAUCUAUUCCGAGAGGGAAGCCAAGCAUAGCUAAGACCAAUUUCCAGACAUUCACUGUGAAAGCUGAAACAGAUGUUCAACUUCCCUGUGAAGCCCAGGGUGAGCCAAUGCCCUUCCUGUCAUGGACGAAAGUUGCUAGUGGGGUGAGUAUUGCUCAGAACACCAAGGUCCAGAGGCUUGAGGUCCAUCCGAACGGUACAUUAAUCAUCAGAAACACCCAGCCCAUGGAUGGGGGCCAGUAUAUGUGCGCAGUCCAGAACCAGUUUGGCUCAGACAAGAUGAUGGUGAACCUUGUGGUCCUGUCUCAACAUCCGCGGAUCCUCCAUCCUCGGCAAAGAGACAUCACUGUGCCUCUAGGGGGCAUGGUUGAUAUGGAGUGUGUAGUGGAGGGGCAUCCCAUGCCUCGAGUCACAUGGGUGCUCCCUAACCAUGUCCACUUAGCUGCUACCCCGCUUGGUGUUGCCCCUCAGCAACGUGUGUCCAUCUCGAGUAAUGGAACCCUCCGGAUUAGCCAGGCCUCUUACACAGACAGGGGGAUUUAUAAGUGCAUUGGCAGCAGUGCAGCUGGAGCUGACACAGUCUCAGUCCGCCUUUAUGUCUCAGCAUCGGCUCCUGUGAUUCAGCAGGCACAAAAUGAGAACACAACACUCCCAGAGGGCAGCAACAUCUACAUGCACUGUACUGCCACGGGUGCCCCUCAACCUGUAAUUCUUUGGAUCACACCCAAUGGUGUACAGCUCACUGCUUCCCAGUUUGUUAGUGAACGCAAUCUCAACAUCUUCCCCAAUGGAACCCUCUACAUACAGGGACUGGGGCUGGGAAAUGCUGGAAAAUAUGAGUGCUUGGCCAGUAAUGUGAUGGCAUCUAGCAGGAGAACAGUAAACCUGAGCAUAAGGAGGAAUCCGUCCUCUACCAAGGCUACCAUCACAAUGUCGUCCCCUCAGAGAACAGAUGUGAUUUACGGUGCAAGGCUGCUGCUCAACUGUGUAGCAACAGGAGCACCAACACCCCGGAUUAUCUGGAGGACGCCGUCUAAGAAGCUGGUGGAUGCUCAGUACAGUUUUGACCCCAGGAUCAAUGUGUUCCCGAAUGGCAGUAUAACCAUUCAUUAUGUGACUCAGAAGGACAGUGGUGACUACCUUUGUAUGGCACGUAACAAGGUGGGUGAUGACUAUGUCCUGCUGCGGGUCAAUGUGCUGACCAGGCCAGCCAAGAUCAAGCAGAAGCAGCAGCAAUAUAGUCAGGAGGUAAUGUAUGGUGGAGACCUAAAGGUGGACUGCGUGGCCUCUGGUCUCCCCAACCCUGAGAUCAGCUGGGCACUACCGGAUGGCACCAUGGUUAACCCGGACAAACAAAGAGACAACAGCGGGGGGCGCAGUCGCAGGUAUGUGGUGUUUGACAAUGGGACGCUGUACUUCAAUGAUGUUGGCAUGCCAGAAGAAGGAGACUACACCUGCUAUGCUGAAAACCAACUUGGCAAAGAUGAGAUGAAGGUUAGAAUCAAGGUCAAGGUUGCAACCUCACCACCACAAAUCCAGGAUAAAGACCAAAAGAUUGUCAGAGUUUUCUACGGCGAGACUGUUACCCUGAGAUGUAACACGAAAGGGGAAUCAAUGCCGGUCAUCACAUGGAUAUCCCCUACAAAUCGAGUGAUCUCUCCUGCUUUGGACAAAUACCAGGUCCUGGAUGAUGGGACACUGGUAGUUCAGAAGGUCCAGCGUUUUGAUGGAGGUAACUACACCUGCAUGGCCAGGAACAAUGCAGGACAAGACCAUAAAGUCAUCAGGCUGGAGGUCCUAGUGACAUCUCCAACUAUCAGUGGCUUAAGUGGAAAUGCCAACACCAUCAAGGUGACUGCAGUUCAGGAUCAGCAGAUAUUUUUGGACUGUGUGGCAAAGGGGACCCCCACCCCUCGCAUCAUGUGGGUUCUACCGGAAAAUGUGAUCCUUCCAGCACCUUACUCCAGCAAAAGAAUGACAGUUCAUCAAAAUGGUACUUUGGAAAUCCGGUCACCCAAGAGGACGGACUCGGGGCUGCUAGCUUGCAUUGCUCGUAACGAAGGCGGGGAGGUCAGGAUGGUGGUCAACUUGGAUGUGGUUGCUGAGAGGCCACAAAUUAGAGGUCCCAAAACAGACAGCCUGUCACUGACUGUGGGUAAUGCCAUGACUCUGAAUUGCUCCUUUGAGGGCUCAACACUACCUCAUGUCACUUGGAUCUUACCCAACGGUACACCUUUACAUAGUGGUGCUCAGUUCUCUAAGUUCUUUCACCGGCCAGAUGGCUCCUUGAUCAUCAGCAACCCCUCUGUUGCCGAUGCUGGUAUGUACCGCUGUCUGGGGCGUAAUAUUCGAGGGAUUAUGGAGCGUACAAUCAUGUUGUCCCCAGGGAGGAAGCCAGAGAUCAACAACAGAUACAGCUCUCCUGUCAGCAUCAUGAAUGGGGAAAGACUUUUGCUGCAUUGUAUGACUAGUGGUGAACUUCUUAGACUAACAUGGACGCUACCGAGUGGGGUUGUCCUCAACAGGCCACAGAGAGCUGGACGGUAUUCUGUAUUGCCCAAUGGAACACUUGCUAUCCAACAACUAUCAGUCUAUGAUCGAGGUUUGUAUGUUUGCCGAGCUGCAAAUGAGUAUGGCAGCUCUCUACUUUCUGUAUCAGUAAUCGUGACUGCAUACCCCCCUCGAAUUACCAACGGCCCUCCCUCUGUGACUUAUGCUAAACGUGGAGUUGCCGUACAGUUGAAUUGCAUAGCAACUGGGAUGCCUAGAGUCGACAUAGCAUGGGAGACACCUGAUAAAACCCGCUUAGCUGUCAGUGCACAGCCACGCCUUUUUGGAAACAAGUAUCUCCAUCCGCAAGGAUCCCUCAUCAUCCAGAACCCGACACAAAAAGAUACUGGCAUCUACCGAUGCACAGCCAGAAAUGCCAUUGGUAUAGACUCUAAAGCUACAUUUCUCAAUGUGUUCUGAAGAAUUUCACCAUUCAUCUUGGUUUUCAUACUGUAUGCCCAAGCAACUGCCUAGUUAAAAACAGCUAAUGUUUUUAAUGAUCAAAAUGUUGAAAAACUACUGUCAGAUUGAUGUAAUAAUGAAUUGAUCCAAACCUGCAGUGGUGUCUUGAGUGUUUCCUCUAUAGAGGUAUUUUGUGCGCCUUUGUAAACCAUUUCCACCAUUUUGUGGGAAAUUCACAUCACUGGGAAAUAUCAAUAGGCCUCCUAUUUCGAGCAUUUACUUUUUAUAGUAAUGUUUUCCAAAGAAAUGCUGAUCAUAUGGGUUGGCAUAGUCAUGUAAUGUUUAUAGUUGCUCAUAGUUGUUGUAUUUUGCAAUUUACACUAAUGACUUGACCCUUUGGACAGCACGCCACCCUUUAUCAAAUCAUUUACACACAUUUUUAGGAUUAACUUGUAACAGUCAUUGAAAAUGAUUACCACCUUAUCCCACAAAGGAAUGCCAUUGAUGAGUAGUUGUAGUAAAAUAUAAGGGGACAUUUCUAAACUUCUGUACAGUUCAAAUUACUCAGGGAGGUGGUUUCCACAGGUGAAAACGUGUCUUCAUAUUAUUACCAUACUAAGAAAAAAAAUCUGUUACCACUCUAGAAGAUGUACUUGGAGGGCAAAAAGAUGUUGUUGAUUUCACCCUAUUAAAAAAUAUUCAGAGGCUCCUUACUUUCACUGAGGCAGAUUGAUGCUUUAAGUUCUUAAGUUUAAUAAGAUAAUGAUCUCUACUUUGUAGCUCUUUCAAUUAAAUCAUGUUUCUGGAGCCUAAUGCUUUGAUUCAGAGAAUAUGUGAACAUACUAUGUAAAUUUGUUGGCACAGUGUGAAAAAAACUCGCAAAGCCAGCACCUAUUUGUCAAAAAGUUACUGUAUAGGAAAGAGAGAAUAUAGCAUAGAAUUAGAACAAAUUAAUGACCUUUUGUUGGCAGUCAUCAAGUUGUAAAUCAAUGACUUCUAUGGGAAAUGAACAAAAAAAAAAAAUAAUAACCUUAACAGUUCCCUUCUGUACCUCAGAGUUUAAUAGUUGUGAACUAAAAUUUUAGGUCAUGGUGGUCCUACUUUCAAAAGCUAUUCCUUCGUUCGUUUUUCUCACCAAAUUUAGGUGGCUUCCGGUAGUUUUUGAGAUGUUUAUCUAACUGACAGUACUAAAAACAUAACCUGCCAAGAGGAGGUAAACUUUAUGAUCUGCUGAAUGCAAAAUAAAAUUCUUUUAAUUUUCCUCUGCAAUUUUGGACUACAAAAUAAGUAAGCCUCUAGCUCCACCCCAGGUGUUUCUCAUUAAUGUGAUUGAUUUGGCUGAUCACGUCCCGAUCAAUGAGCGAAGGCUCUGUAGCAUCCUCGGGCUGUACUGGUAGCUUUGUUCUGAUGAUCUAGGACAGUUGCUUCUGACAAUGACAGAUUAUGUCAAGCUGUAAGUUUUGUAUAACUUUUCUUUUUUGUCUAGGAAAUACUGUUUAACUUAAUUCCAAAAGUGGUUGAAAAUAUGUGUAUUAUUGCUAAGGUGUUUUUUUAUAUGGCAGGGGAUUUGUAUUUUCUGAAUUUCUGUCACUGCCUUGUGCUUAUCGUAAAUAUCUGUUUGUUUCCAGAAGUGGAAUCAGAUAAUCCAAUAACUGAUUGUUACGUCGCCUCAGUCGUGUACGCCAUUUUUGACUCAGCGUCUGUAAAAUGCCGAUGCAGGUUCUAUGUCUUCAUUUGUAAAUUAUUAGUCUUUGACAAGCUGUGAUGCAUUGGAAUUUUUCCCCCCGUAUUUUAAUAAAAGAUUUCCACCACUUUCUGCUAAGCACAGAGUUAAAAGCAAGACCUUUUUUAUUGCUGAGGCAGGGAAAGCAUAAUGAUGAUGAUGCAAAAAUGUUUGCUACUGUACCAUAAAUGACAUCCAUAAUGAUGUUUUUAAAAUAAAUCAGAUAGGAGUGUUUGUCAAAAAAAAAA